CAUUUUUUCCCCCAAGACCCUUUGGGAUACUCAAGAACCGCACCACCUCUCCAACCUCCCCUUUAAAAACUUUCAGAUUCACCGCAGACUCACCAAGGAUUUGGCUUCACUGACACAUUUUGCAAAAUGAUCCCAACUUAACAGCAAAAAAAGUGUGUGACUGUGCGGAGCAGUGGGGGGACACUGUCAGUAUGAAUUCAGUUUUGCCGGGAGUCAAAGCAGAUUUGCAGCAAAUGGAGUUGGCUGCAGAACUGAGCGAGAGGAUUUGAAAAGAGAAGCAUUUUCUCUUUCAUUAGCCAAUGUGUUCCUUCAGGCUCAAACGCAUGUGAACACUCCACCCAGUGUGCCUGGGAAAAACACCCUCCUCUAUUGGUCAACACUCCCCCUGCCUUCACUUUUCCUGCAACCCACAUCUUUCAUCCUCCUCUCCUCUCAUCUGACUUCCACUCCCAGUCCCAUCUCUCUCUUUUUUCCUCUCCCUCCCUUCCUCCCUCUGUGUGCAUCAUUGCUGCCCUCAACUCCAUCCCUCUCUGGGUUUUUCAGCCAAUAGCUGCCGAGAGAGGUGUGGUUCCCAGACACCAGGACGACCGACUCUCGGUGAGAAGAGGAGACGGGGAGAGGAGAGGAGAGCGCCUGUGGAAAGAGAUGCGUUUUCAUCCCUCCUCAGCUUCACGGAGCAGCGACGAUCAGCUUGACAGUGAGUGAUGGACGUGGUUGGGAAUAAAAAUAAAUAAAUAAAUAAUAAAAAUAGAGAACACGCAAAAAAGAAGAAGAGGAGGAGGGCGUUCGGGUUGUGGAUACCUGCGCGUCUUUUUUUCCCCGCUGCGGACGCAGGUGCGCACAGAAGGGAUUUGUUUUGGAUGAGAGGAACAGUGACAGAAGAAGAGUUCCUUUGGGAUUAUUCCAGACUAAAAGCCGUUUUUGAUCAAAUUUUUCGUCUCCUUAUCCCGCCAGAACUCAUAAGCUUCGAAAUCCAUCCACUUCUUCUCCAUCAGCGCGCGGGUUGCAUCCCCGCAUCCCCAAACCAAACGGGAAAAAUUCCUCCGAACUUCCAACUUGUGUACUGAAGCGCCACCUUCUCUAGAUAUACCACUUUUUCUUUUCUUUUUUUCCUUUUUUUUUUUUUGAACAAUGCUUGGAUUAAUGUGUCUGCUUGCUAACGCGCCCCGGGAACGCAGAGGAGAGGAGGAGUGAGAGGCGCAGAAAAAAAGAAAGUCAAGAGCAGGAAGAGGUGAAGAGCCAGGAAAGUCGGUGGCUUUUUGGCUGCCGUCCACUCCUUCUAUUGCGCAUUUGCUGUUCAACGAUCUAUUUUUUCUUACUGGAUACGCGGGCAGACAUCGAGGGGCGCACGGGGAGGACUGCGUUCACACCCUGGACUCUUGAAAUAAAGCUCGGCCAGACGUGUGAUGUACUUCAGAUUACUGGAAGCGGGAGGCAGGCCCACGGGAGGUGACUGUCAGAAGAAAUGCCUGUCCCAGGUGCCCUAGUACAUCACCACAGGGACCAUGGCGACUCCUUGGCCAGUGAGAAAACAGAGGUGCUCCCAUGGCUUUGCCAUUCUUGCUAGAUGGUCGGCGUCCUCCUUGAUGCUCCUGUGGUUGCAUUGGGUGUUGCUAUGGCUGCCAUGGCCCACUCAAGCUCAGCAAGCGGGCAGCGGUGGACAGAGCGGGAAGGCGCUCCACGGUUCCGUUUCCUCCUCCUCGUCUUCUUCUUCCUCCUCCUCCUCCUCGUCCUCCUCCUCGUCCCCGUCCAGCACCUCGGCGUGGGGGUUCAACACCCGGCAGAGCGGCGGGCAGCUGGACUGGCUGCUGUCGGAAAAGGGACCUUUCCACAGAUGUCCAGAGUACACUGAGUUCAGGGAGAGGUUCCAGCAGGGCUUUUCCACCAGAUACAAGAUUUACAGGGAGUUCAGCCACUGGAAGGUGAACAGCUUGGCCACAGAAAAGAGAGAUUUCCUGAAAGCGCCGUUGCCCUUAGCACCAGAGUUCCUACGCAACCUGCGGCUACUGGGGCGACGGCCAACCCUGCAGCAAAUCAACGAAAACCUCAUCAAGAAGUACGGGACCCACUUCCUGGUUUCUGCCACACUGGGAGGUGAAGAGUCUUUAACCAUUUUCCUGGACAAGCAGAAGCUAAAUAAGAAGUCAGAGGGCAACAGCAACAGCUCAGUGGUGUCUCUGGAACUGCUCCAUCAGCUGGCAGCUUCCUACUUCACAGACCGUGAAAGCACCCUUCGGCGACUCCACCACCUCCAGAUUGCCACCUCUGCCAUUAAGGUUACUGAAACAAGGACGGGCCCUCUUGGAUGCAGUAACUACGACAGCUUGGAUUCAGUUAGCUCGGUUUUGGUGCACAGCCCGGAAAAUAAGAUCCACCUAAAGGGUUUACAAGACGUCCUGCCAGAGUUCCUGCGCGGGCGCUUUGUGCAGGCAGCCCUCAGCUAUGUGGCAUGCAACUCCGAGGGGGAACUGAUCUGCCGUAGCAAUGACUGCUGGUGCCAGUGCUCGCCUCGAUUCCCAGAAUGCAACUGUCCUUUUGCUGACAUCAAGGUCAUGGAGGAAAACCUGGAGAAGUGCAAAGUGGCCUGGAGCAACUUCAACCAAGAGUUUAUGGAAUCAGAUGAGUUCAAAGCUUUCCUGAAGCGUUUGCCCACCGAUCGAUUCCUGAACGUGUCCACGAUUGCCAAGUUCUGGUCUGCUGACCCGCCUCUCCAAAAGCGCUACACCCAGCUGGAGGCAAGCACUGCACUGGUUUUCGGAAAAGCCCAGAAGAUCAUCAGGAAGUUAUUCACUUUGAGCAAACGCUGCCCCAAACAGCCUCGCAUCAGCCUGCCCCGAGAAAGGUCUGUAGGGUUCUGGCUGGGCAGGGCUCAAUCUCUGCUCUACUGCAAUGAACACGGAGUUCUGGGCUCCUUCUCCGAGGAGGCAAAGAGUUGCAGCUGUCCCGCGGACCAGCCCACAUGCCAAGGCGUCAUCCCCUGUGUCAUAGGUCCCUCACUCACUUCCUGCUCCGUCUGCGCCAGUGACAAUGCCACCCGCUGCGGAGCCUGUCACCAUGGCAACCUCCUUCAUCUUGGCUCCUGCCGGCCGAGCAUUGCCGCAUCGCUGGACCAUUAUCUGAACUUUGACCUGGACAUGCCAGACGCUGAGGUGAAGUACCUUCUGCAGAGACUGGACAGCAGAAUAGAAGUCCACGCCAUCUACAUCAGCAAUGAUGUCCGCUUGGGAAGUUGGUUCAACCCUGCCUGGAGGAAAAGGAUGUUACUGACCCUCAAGAGCAACAAAAACAAAUCCAACCUCAUCCACAUGCUGAUGGCCAUUUCUUUCCAGAUAUGCUCAACUAAGAAUUCCACACUGGAACCUGUGCCUGUGGUUUACGUGAAUCCUUUUGGGGGCAGUCAUUCAGAGAGCUGGUUCAUGCCAGUAAACCAGCCUGACUUCCCAGACUGGGAAAGAACUAAGCUUGAUGGCAUUACCACUGCAGACUGCUAUAACUGGACUCUGUCUCUGAACAACAAGUGGAAGUCUUUCUUCGAAACAGUGCACAUCUACCUGCGGAGCCGCAUAGUCACGGAUGAUCCAACGGUGAAUGAGACUCUUUUCUAUGAGCCACUGGACUUGGACGACCAGACGUCAAACCUCGGCUACAUGAAGAUCAACACGCUCAAAGUCUUUGGAUACAGCAUGCACUUUGACCCCGAAGGCAUCAAGGACCUGAUUCUGCAGCUGGACUACCCCUACACGCAGGGCACACAGGACGCCGCCUUUCUGAUGCUGCUGGAGAUGCAGGACCGGAUUAACCGGCUCUCUCCCCCGGCGGUGCCGCCCAUCGACCUGUUUUCCUGCCUGCUGCGGCACCGCCUCAAGCUGUCAGCUGGAGAGGUAGCACAAAUAAAGGAGUCUCUGCAGAUCUUCAACUCCAAGCUUCCCAAUGCUUUCCCAGAACCCGAACUGACCCAGCUGUGCAGCUAGCUGGCUCAGCUCACAGCCCGAGUUCGGGAGUAGCUCUGCGAAAUACCGCAGAGUUACCAUGUUUACACUCGAAGACUAAUGGAUUAAGCAACUCUGAAGCGUAAAUUUUGGGCCUUUAUCAUCGCCAGCCUUGUCUGGUAUUUUAUUGUUGCAUUUUUACUUUUGACAGAGAACAAAACGCCACACAAACUCCUCUAGAAACUGGUUUCACUCGCUGCGAUGUAAACUGGAGGCACCUGUCCAAGGAAGCUGGACUGCUCAAGCCCGAGCAGCUAAAUGUUCUACGCGAUACGGAACCACAGAAGAGACAUCCUUAAAUCUACCUAAGACUUCUGCCUUGCCAAGCUGAGAGAAAAUUUUGAUAUUUUAAGAGGAACUCCCAAGCGGUGUUAAGAAAAACACUAUUUUCUUUGGAUACAGAACAAUGGGUGGUAAUAUAUAUGUGGUGAAUGAACUAUGUUAUGCUUAACAAUAUGAAAUUUGAUAAUCUCAACCCUGUUACUGUCUUUGAACAUCUCUUUUCACUUGUUAAAUUCCUUAAUUUCAUUUAGAAAACUUGUAUCUAUUCUUGAAACCCCAACGAGAAGCCUGUAAGUGAUGUUCUGUUAUUUGGUGGUGUGUCUAAGCCAAAAAAAAAAAGUUAUAUAUAUAUUGGCAAACAGAGGGACAAAAUGUUGCAUAUGUUGAAUUUCUUUUCUUUUUUUUUUUUUUUUAGACCUAAAAAUGUUAAAGAAACUGUCAAAAGACAAAAAGGUCUGCGGAUACGGCGCUGUAAAUAUUGCUCCAUCUAACCCCGGGUUGUGGACAAGUGCACAUCGCUUUUUAGAUAACUGAGUCCAAAGACCCAAAAAAAUACACAAAAAAGAAAAAAUAUUUAUAACAAAACUCAUGCCUUAUAUGGAAAGUCAAUGUUAAGAUAAGAAGUACAUUUACUUUCUGUGUUUGGCUUCCCAGCGAAGGUUGUAUUGCUUUUUAUAUUUCGAUAUUUCUACAAAGACAGAGGCUUUCUCCAGACAAAUGUGGUGAUGCAGCUUUUCCAUGUAAACGCAGUCACACUCUCUGCACUUACUUGUUUUGAUUUUGGUGUUGUGAAAUUUUUUGAGCCACCAUUCACAGUGCUCACCAGUACUUGCACAGUGUAAUCGUUCUGCAAAAACUGCAAUUAUUACCAAGUCUCACUAACUUUAGAAAUUAUUUGGCUUUAAUAUAGUUAAAAAAUGGUUUUGGAUAUUUUGGUUAAGCCUCAGAUGAAUACAACUUUUUAAUUUUUUUUUAUUUUUAUCUAUUAAGGUCAAGGUUUGUUUGUAACAGAGGAGUAUUAGGGCCAGUUGUACUUUUAAUUAUUAGGUUAACUUUGUAAAUUUAUGAGUAAAAAAGUCAUAACUGUUAAAUUAAAAAAGUAAAUGUUUCAAUAUAUGACUUUUUUUUUAAGUUGUAAAUUUAUACAUUUAAAUAACAUACAUUCACAUCUUUAAAACGUGAAUUUUUGACAAAAAGACAAUUUUUACGAGAAAAAAUGUCAAAUGUUUGAGAAAAAAGUUACAACUGCUAAAUUAAGAGAGUAAAAUUGGAAAUGUAUGACUCUAAGACAUGAACCAAAUUUAGUUUGGUUAGUUUAGAUUUUUUUUCUCAUACAUUUUUAGUUUUUAAAGUUGUAAACCUAUGAAUUUGUACAUCAUAAAUUAUCAACUUUAAAUAUGUACAUUUUUGACAAAAAAGACAAGGUUACGAGAGUCGUAAAUUCUUAAGAAAAAGGUCUGUUAAUUGAGGUUGAAUUAAAUGUCUGUUAAAUUAUGCAACUUAAGUUGUAAAUUUACAUUAAAAGUCAUUGACCUAAUGUAGGAUUUUUUUCCUGUAAAUUAAGGUCUUUUAAAGUCUUAAAUGUAUUCAUUUACAUUUUGUAAAUUCACAAUUUUAAAACACGUGAGUUUAUGGGGAUCAAGACAAAUUUACAAGAAGUCAGAUUUUUGAGAAAAAAGUUGUAACUUGUAAAUUACAAGAACAAAGUAAUAAAUUUACGACUUUAAAAGUCAUAUUCCAAAUUUAGGAUUUUUUUUCCUCAUAAAUUUACGUGCUUUAAAGUUGUAAAUGAAGUCAUUUAAAUGUCAUAAAUUCACAGCUUUCAAACAAGUACAUUUUUUACGGAAAAAGGAAAAUUUACAAGAAGAAAGUCCUGCAUUUAUGCGAAAAAGGUCGUAACUAAACAAUUCUGAAAAUAAAUAGAAGACUUUUUAAAUCAUAGACCAAAUUUAGGAUUAGAAAAAUGUAUGUUAUUUAAAGUUGAAAUUUAUUUUUGUUUUUUUUUUUUGUGAAAAAAACAAAGUGAAUUGCGAGAAGAAAAUUGUAAAUUUACGACUUUGUAAUUUAAAGGCAAAAUUAAGAACUUUUUCUCUCGUAAAUGUAUGUGUUUAAAGUUGUUAAUUUAUUAAUUUAACUGAUGUAAAUUCACGACUUUCAAACUUGUCAAUUUUCGGGUAAAAAAGAGGAAAAUACGGGAAGGAAGUUAUAAACAAAAACACCAAAGUUCUCUUUUCGGAGUCCUGUUUGGAGUUGAAAGACGUAGAGGAUUCUGUGAAGCUUUGUUGUCAGAUAGUUUUUUAAAAAAAAAAAGAAUUCUGAACCUUUUGGUGAGCUAAAUUAAAUUAUUAGCAUUAGAACAUUGAAAAAAUUAUGCUGAAACCCGGGCCUCUUCACACGGAUGCAUCGCACAGGCUUUGAGGAGAUCUUCUCUUUCGAAUACAAAGAAUGGACUGGAAGUGGACAGCUGCAGGGAUAUCGAUUACUUCUUAUUUUGUUUUUUUUCUAGUAAAUUUACGAGUUUAAUUUCAUAAUAUUAUUUUUUUGGUGGCCCUAAUACUCCAUGAUAGUUUGUAUUUUAAUUCUAGCUUUUUUUUUUCUUUUUUCAAAAGCAGCUGUUCUUACACAGUGAUUGUCUAUUUGAUGACGACGUUCAUGGGUUUUUAUUUUACAUUUGCUUUACUAAUUUCUCACUGAAAGUUUGCGAACACGAACAAUUUUCAGCUGUUCAUCUGUACUCAGCUUGGUCAAGUAAAAACAAGUGGUUUAUCUA